GAUUAUUGGUCAAACUAUUUGCAAACAUCGAUGUCAAUGUUCAAAUGUAUAUAAAUCUGCCAUGACUAUUACAUGUAAUAUGUCGAGGCUUUCAACCGGUUUAUGAAUAAAGAAUAAAAGUUUGACAAAGAACGAAUUUAAGUGGCAUUUAAAAUAUUGAUUUAAACGUUGUAAAAGGAAUUGUAUUAAGCAGACAUGGCGGACAUUGAAGGGUAUGAUUAUCUGUUUAAAGUUUUAAUUAUUGGCGAAGAAGAUUCAGGGAAAACAGCAUUGUUAACUAGAUAUGUCGAAGGCGCCUUUACUGCCGCAUACGUGUCGACCAUAGGGGUUGACUUUAAAAUUAAGAGUGUAAAACAAGACGGAAAGAAUAUAAAAGCACAGAUAUGGGACACGGCAGGCCAAGAAAGAUUCAGAAAUAUAACUUCAAGCUAUUACCGAGGUUGCCAUGGCGCAAUAAUUGUUUUUGAUGUCACCAACCGCGCAUCAUUUAAAGGUGUUGAUAACUGGAUAACAGACUUAGAGCACUAUGGUUCUGGAUCCGUGCCCAAAGUGCUAAUUGGCAAUAAAUGUGACCUGAGUGAACAGAGGUGUGUGACAUACGAAGAGGCAAAGUCGCUUGCAGUUAUAAAUAACAUGGAAUACAUAGAAACCUCUGCCAACACAAACAUCAACGUCGAAAAUGCAUUUGGUAAACUUUAUGCUGAAAUAAGCAAGAAAAUAACAAAGCAAGCACCACCAAUGGAAAACGUUAUUAGACUGGACACAGAAAGUGUGGCUAAUGAGGCAGUGGGCGUGGCUGUCGAGGCAGAAUCAGAUUCUUCUUAUGGUACAGAAAAUAUCCCGCCAUGGGCAAACAAAAUUAUGGAAGAGCUACAGAAGUUUAGUACUCGACUCGAAGCAGUAGACAAACUUGUAAAUACUGUUACAUCAAUCUUGAAACGACUGGAUGAAAUAGAAAUAAAAAUGUCCAAAUUUGAAUCUAGAAAAGUAGACUUUAAAUCUGCACAAGCAAAAAGUACAAAACCACGUUAAUGCUGUUAAUUAUUUGUUUGUAUAAUAAAUAAAUCUUGUCACAAUGUUGGGA